CCUCCACCACCACCACCACCACCGGCGGCGGCGGCGGCGGCGCAAUGCUGGCGGCGGCGGCUCUCCGGCCCGCGACCUCGCUCGCGGCCUUCUCCCCCUCCCCCUCCACCUCCAGGUCCCCUCCUCCGCCCGCGCUCCUCUCCUUCCCUCCCCGCCCUCACCACCGGUUCCCGCUCUCCGCCACCGCCCAGGAGGGCGCGUCGACCUCCUCCGCCGCCUCCGCUACCCCGAUCGACGAAGCGCGCCUAGCACAGUUCGCGGCGGAUUGGCAGGCCGUGCGCGCGGAGAAGGACCAGGGGAGGAUCCUGGAGCUGCCUGUGCUGCGGGCCAACAGUGGCGGGUUGAUCCUCAGGUUCAACUCCCUGCAGGGCUUCGUGCCCAACCCUCUCCUCAGCCCUGCACAUUGGUGCAAAGACCCCAAAAGGCCCAUUCAAGAUGUUACAAAGGAUCUUGUAGGUUCGUCCAUUUCUGUCAAGGUAGUUGAAGCAAAUGAGGAAGAAAGGAAGCUUGUCUUCUCCGAAAAGGAUGCGAGUUGGUCCACACAUUCUUCUCAAGUAAAGAUUGGUGAAAUAUAUGAUGGAAUUGUCGGUUCAGUUUUCCACUACGGUGCAUUUGUUCAUCUCCGAUUUCCUGAUGGAAAUUAUCAUCUUACUGGCCUUGUACAUAUCUCUGAGGUCUCUUGGGAUCUCGUCCAAGAUGUCCGAGAUUUUUUAAAUGAAGGUGAUACUGUCAAGGUCAUAGCUGUGAACGUUGAUUUGGAGAAAUCAAGGAUAGCUUUAUCAAUUAGACAACUGGAGGAAGAUCCUCUACUGGAGACUUUGGACAAAGUUAUUCCUUUAGAGGCUGAUCAAUCACCUAAUGUUGGGACCACGUCACCUCCUUCAGAAGAUGACCUUCUUCCAGGACUUGACGGUAUAUGUAAUGAACUACUGCAAGAGGAUGGUAUAACAGAUGUACAGUUUGGGCGCCGAGCAUUGGAGAAGCGUGUUGUUUCACAAGAUUUGGAGCUCUGGCUUUCCAGCGUGCCAGCUAAGGACAAUCAGUUCAAACUUCUUGCUCGAGCUGGCAGACAGGUCCAAGAAGUAUAUUUGACUACCAGCCUAGACCAGGAGGGCAUAAAGAAGGCGGUACAGAGAGUACUAGGACGUGUUCCUUGAUUUGGCGCACACACGAGCAGACAACCUGAAAAGUUCGUCGUUGUUUCCACAUUCACCUGAACUUCUCAGCUGGAGAUUACUUAACCGAAAAUUGUAAAUUUUGUCAGUAAUACAAUGAGUAGGUAGGUACCCUUGGUGCAUGCAUGUACUAAGUACUUUGGCUGAAACCUCAAGGCCAACUGUAUAUAAAUAUAUGAAUAUUCAUUUCCAGUGUCACAGGUGCUUGUUCUGGUAACUAAUAUCUUAGAUAUGCCUGCCUUUCUUGUCAAAGCUGCUUCUUGUGCAAGGUGUAAAUCUACUCCCCUAAAACUAAGUACAUUUU